AUGCUAUGGAAGGGGCUGAUAUUCUUCACAGGCAGCGCGUCUCCGGGACGGGAAAUUCCCAUUGUGCAUCGCAUCAUCAAAGUGCAUGAGAAGCAGCCUGGGACUGGGAAGAUCGAUGACACCCUCAUUCUGACAAAGGGAGACAAUAAUCCUGGCGAUGACAGGGUGCUUUACAAUCCAGGGCAGAUGUGGCUCCAUAAAGAUCACCUCAUGGGCCGAGUAGUGGGGUACAUGCCAUACAUUGGCAUGGCGACAAUUGUCAUGAACGAUUACCCCUAUAUGAAAUACCUGCUGCUGGGCGUACUGGGUAUCUUUGCCCUAAAAAGUCCAGUGUUGGAGCUGCUGUGCUCAAUCAUGCAGAUGGAGACUGCUUGCGUGGCGCUGCUCACGGAUAAGGGCACGUUCAUCAAGGACGGUGUGGGGAAGAUAGAGGCAGGAUCGCUUCACUCCUUGCCUGGGGUGUGCCAAUGGACCCUUGUUCCUGAGACGCCUCAGGCGAUGGUGGUUGAGGACAUGCUCCUAGACGCCAGGACGAGCACGCGUUGGGUGGUCAACGAGCCUCCUCUCAUGCGAUUCUAUGCGGCAGCUCCUCUUCUAGCCAGCAAUGGCCACCGGCUAGGCACGCUGUGCCUGUGGGAUCAGAAGCCGCGCAGCUUUGACAGCGAGCGGAUCGCGACGCUGUGCAAUUUCUCUGAGCUUGUGGCGCGCGAAAUCGAGGCCUCUGCUGCACUUAUGUGGAAUCAGACGCUCACGCGCAAGCUACAGCGUGCCAUAGACUGCUAUCAGCAGGCGUACCUCUUCGUGGACGUGAGCCAGUCAGGCUGGGAGGUCCUGCAUGCCAACCAGGCAUUCUGCAACCGGACGGGCAUGAAGAGAGAGGACGCCGUGGGCUCAGCCUUCUGGGACAUCUUCUCCUGCGAGAGCACCAACGCUUCGGCGGAGCCCUGGGAGAAGUUCACAGAGGAGCUCAGGUCGAAGCAGACAGUCGAGUUGGAUGCCGUGAGGCGGCGUGGAGGGCAGGCUUCAACCAGCAGCACAUUCACAGCAUCGCUGAGGCCGGCCUCGACAGACAAGGUGGACAGGAAUGCGCUGAUGAUCGGCGUUCCUUCUGGCAUGCUCUCGGGAGAGGGCUGGACCAAGAAAAACAACUUCUACUUUAUUGUCAUGGACGAUGCCGAGCCCGCUGAAGCGGUGGACAAGGGCCUGUUCAGGACCGAGCCAAAGCCGACAGCGCCUGCGUGCAUGCCGGUCAUUCUCAGCACAGCCCUGGAGAUCGCUCGGGGCAUCGCCUAUCUGCACGAGCGCGAUAUCCUGCACUGCGACAUCAGUUCAACCAACGUUCUGCUGCAUUCCAGCACUGCGAACGAGCACGGCUUCUCGGCAAAAGUGGUGGACUUUGGAGCGUGCAUGCUGUCAGACAUGGAGCUUCCUGCAGAAGAGGAGUGCGCUGUGCGCGGCACAUUCACCCAUGUGGCGCCUGAGAUUGUGGACGGGCAGCGCUGCACCAAGGCAUCGGACGUAUAUGCGUUCGGGGUGCUAUUGUACGAAAUGUUCUGCGGGCAACAUCCGUGGGCGGGAUUGCAGCCUGCACAAGUGAUCUAUGCUCUGGUCUUGGAGCAGCAGUUGCUACAGGUGCCAGACAGCGCUCCCCCAGCCUACAGACAGCUGGCAACGAAGUGCAUGUCCAGGGAUCUGGCGGAUCGGCCAGGCAUCGAGGAAGUUGUGACUGAUCUGGAAGCUCAGAUCUCAGAGCUCAGCGCUGAGGUUCCACAUUUGUAAUGGGUCUGAGCUGGCCCGU